UCAUAUUGUUCCGUCAUUUUACACCAUACUGGAAUCCGACGAGCGCUGACUACAUGUCCUCACUCAUGGGCCAACUGCCAGCUACUGACGCUUUCUGCAGGCGGGAAAAAUUCACGACUGUGCAUGAAUGUCCCCUCCACAUCUCCACCGAAGGGAGCGUCCCGCGCUUCAUUGGUUUACGCGGGAAAAAAGAAGGUUCGAUACUUUUUGAACACACCACCAGAAACUCCACUUCUCUUCCCAACCUGCGGUUCACCUCUCCUUACUCCUAUGCUUCCUCCUCUGCAGAUGUGCUCCAUGAACACAAUCGUAGCUCCCGAAGAGGCAGGUCAACAAAUUCAUUCUUCAGCAACAACCACAGACACAGAAAUUCAAGUUCUGAAACAGAAUUAAGUGAGACCAGGUUAUUUGACCGAGCACAGGCAGCUCUAGAGAGAUGCAAGAAAGCAUACAAAGAGGGGGGCCGACGGAAAUGUUUGGAAGCAACAAGAGUGGACCCAGAGAGCGUAAUUGAUAAAAUCUUGAGAUCUGUCAAUUUAGAAGAAGAUGAAUCAG